GCCCUUAAGGUUACUGUUAAACAGUCUUUCGAAAGCUUGAAGUUAUUUGAAGACGUUCUUGGGAUUCAAACUCACAAUCCCAAAAUCCUUAAUCUCCCCCUUCUAAACGCAUUCCAGGAAGUGGUAUCGAACUUAGGACAAAAUGGAGUGAUGGUGAUACUAGAUAACCACUUGACAACCCCAGGCUGGUGCUGUGGCGAGAAUGACCUCGACGCCUUCUUCGGCUACCCUAACUUUGAUCCCAAAGUCUGGGCCAAUGGCUUGAGCAAGAUGGCUACUCUGUUCAAAAGUGCCACUAAUGUCGUUGGUGUGAGCCUGAGGAACGAGCCACGUGGCGCUAGAGAUUACCCUGACCUCUGGUUCAGGCAUAUGCCAGAAGGAGCAGAAGCAGUGCACGCCGCAAACCCUAAAUUACUAGUCAUCCUCUCGGGCAUCGACUUUGACACAAACCUCUCAUUCCUCCGUGACCGUUUCUUCAACGUAAGCUUCACCGACAAACUCGUAUUCGAACUCCACUGGUACAGCUUCUCUGACGGCAGAGACUCGUGGAGAAAACACAACUCUAACGAUUUCUGCGCCAAAAUCAUCACAAAGGUUACACGCAACGGAGGAUUCUUAGUUGGGAGAGGCUUUCCUUUGAUGUUGACUGAGUUUGGGACUGAGGAGAGUGGCCGUGACAUCAGCGGAAACCGGUAUAUGAAUUGUUUGGUGGCUUGGGCGGCUCAGAAUGAUUUGGAUUGGGCGGUUUGGGCGUUAACCGGAGAUUAUUACUUGAGAACCGGUAAAACGGAUAUGGUUGAGACUUUUGGUAUCUUGGAUGCGAAUUGGAAAGACGUGAGAAACGCUACUUACUUGCAGCAACUAUCUGGAAUCCAAUAUCCCUUUAAAGGACCUGGAUUGCAAUCAAAGAACGCUAUCUUCCAUCCAUUGUCUGGACUCUGCGUCACCCAUAAUCCCUCAGACAAAUUACCAACACUGCGAUUAGGACCAUGCCCUAAAGCCGACACAUCGACCUUCAAC